CGGACGUCCUCUCGCAGUUGAGUCGCUCAACUCACACAGCUCCCAGGUUCACGAGUCUGUGACCGAAGGGGUGUCCGGUGUUGUGGGGUCUCUACAGCCUUCAUCGAUCGAGACAGGCGGUGCAGUCGUCGGGUUUAUUCUGCUUUUGACUGCUGACGACCAGUUUGACUUCGCAUCCCUGACCUUCACUGCCAGGCAGUUUCAAAGCUGACGGUGGCUUCAGUGGAAGGAAGGUGGCGCUUUGCAGAGUUGCUUGCUCGCUCCCCGCUAUUAAUUAGGCGAGAAAUCAGUCGACGCGGUCAAAUAUGGCGGAACCUAAGCCCUGGGUUGACAUGCCAGGCCUCCGCCGUUUGAGCUGGAGGAAGAUGGGCGCCAUUGGCGGGGCUUUGGCCGUAGCGGGAGCUGUGCUUGGGGGCCUGCUUCUUCUCGGCCUGCCCGUGCUCCUCAUUGGCGGCUUAUUGCUUCUCGUGACGUCUCCUUGCACAUGCGCCGUAGGCUGCUGCACCGCCCCGCUCUGGAUCCCACUGCUUCUUUUCGUCGGUAUCCCGGCGCUCAUCUUCUUCGUCACCACGGGCGGCAUCAUGCUGCUCCUCACAGUGUUGGGUGGCUUGACAGGUGCGGCGGGGUGGUGGAUCUACCGUUACAAACGGGGUCCGAUGCCCCCGGGCGGCGAUGCGAUGCAGAGAGUUCUCGAUCGUUUGAGAGGACGAUCCAGGGAAGUGACGGCGAAGGUCUCGAAGGUUGGGGAGCAAGCAGCGUCUGCUGCAGCAUGAAGCCAUCGCCGUGUAAUCGGACUGGGUAAAAAUAAGCGAUCUAAGAAGAAAACUCUUUGAGUCCGUAAGCAGAAACCGUUCGUCUCGUCGGUCAGGAUUGGUUGAUUGAUUGAUUCGUCGAUUGAAGAGCAGAUGCGCGAUUGGGAACCUCGCUGAGCCUCGCAGGUUGGUCGAGUGAAGAUCUGUUGUUGGCUUCGACUCAGAUCGACACACAUGGCCGUGAGGACAAGACGAUGUGAUCUGGAGGUGGGUUAUUGAAGAUCUGACAUCCACUCGGACGAUGUGGUCUGGAGGUGGGUUAUUGAAGAUCUGUCUGUUGACAUCCACUCGGAUCGUUGUUGGUUGUGUAUGGAUGGAUGGGUUUACGAUCGGCGAAACCCACCGAGGGUUUCCUGAGGACGUGCGAUACGGCUGAGGGGACAGCACGAUGGGAUCUGCAAAUGGGUCUUUUCUAGUGCACUAGCGAGGCGGUCUAGGCACUAGUAUGAGUACUUUUUUGAUAAUGGAAUAGAUAAAAGUACGUUGCAGGAGGAGGAAGUGAUGAUGACAAAUUAGUUGUGGCAAGGCGUGGUGAAGCUAGUCCAGCCGUCCUUGUGAGAGGGGGGGGUGGGUGUGAUGUAAUUGUUUGGAAGCCAAAACACUCCUAGCCAGCUGUGGAACUGGGAACUUGGGGGACCUAAGGUCCCAAGGGUUGUUGCUAGUACCCCAGGGGGUGUGGGAUCUUAAGAGCGUUGUGUUUUGAGGAAGGGGGGAACCCGUACAGGCGUCCCCAGUCAGGAGGCAAGACCUCGCUCGUGCGCUCCGCGGAGAGCUGUCCAGGCCAUUGGGGUUUUAGUCCUGUAGACUACGUCGAAAUUUAGUGGUACUUACCCCCUAUAGAAUGUCGAAAUUUAGGGGUACUACCCCUAUAGAACGUCGAAAUUUAGGGUUACUUAGCCCUAUAGAAGGUCGAGAUUCAGGGUACGAGUCGAGAUUAAGGGGUUUUAGUUGUACAGAACGUCGAGAUUCGAGGAAUGGGUGGAAGAGAGUUUGUCCACGUCAGAGUCUAAUGCCUAAAAAUAGGAGUUUCUUAGGAACCAUCGAGAAUAAAUUAUAGAUAGAUUUCAGCAAAAGAAAAUGAUAGAUAGAUUUUUGUCUGUAGGAAGAAAAUGGGGAUCCAUAGCGUUGCGGAGAACUUCACCUAGUUACGGCAUCGAGUAUCCCCUUUGGCGGCAGAGGACGAAUGUGAAACCCUAUUGGGCCUAUUCAGUCAAGUUAAUAAAAAAUUGUCUAGCUAUGAGUAAAAUGGGUGAAAAUUG